GAGAGAUUUCAAAUAUAAUAAUAAUAAUAAUAAAAACUAGAGAGAAAAGAAACAAGAACAGAGAGAGUGACAGAGCCAUCAGAGUUCAACUCAGAAGAAAAAAAAAAAAUGUUUCCACCCAGCAACCAUCCUCAGGAUGCAUCAUCAUCUGCGUUAAUGCAAGUGGAUCCGAAAGAAACUAGUGUGGCUGUCAGCGAUGAGAUGCAAAAUGGAGUAUUUCCACAAGCACAAACCAUCAUCUACAAUUCUAAGAAACUUCAAGAUGAUUUGCAUGUGUUAGGGAUGAAAAUCAAGCAUCACGAAGACAACAUUAAGUUACUGAAGAGAAACAAAUACAAAUUAGAUGAUUCCAUUCUUGAUCUUCAAGUUACCCUUGGCAAAUAUCAUUCUUCAACACAGCCAAACACUGAAAAUGAUGCCCAUUCCUCUAAUCCGAGUGAGGAGGAAACGACCAAACAAAUUCUACGGCUUGAAAAAUCUGCUGCGGGUAUUUUGUGCCAGCUGAAAAUGCACCAUGACACUCAAACUUCUCAUCUGUCAUUGAAAAAAGAUGUACUUGGUGUUGUUGCUACACUUGGCAAGGUAGAUGAUGAUAAUCUUAGCAGGCUUUUCUCCGAGUACUUAGGUGUGGAGACUAUGCUGGCAAUUGUCUGUAAAACGAAUGAAGGUGUGAAGGCUCUUGAAACAUAUGACAAGGAUGGCCAGAUAAAUAAAGGCUCUGGCUUUCAUGCCGUUGGUGCUUCUAUUGGGAAGGAACUGGAUGGUCGAUUUCUUGUCAUAUGCCUUGAAAAUCUAAGGCCCUAUUGCGGUGAAUUCAUGGUGGAUGACCCACAAAGGAGACUUGAUCUCCUAAAGCCAAAAUUACCCAAUGGGGAGUGCCCACCUGGUUUCAUUGGCUUUGCUGUAAAUAUGAUCAAUGUGGAAUUCACAAAUUUAUUUCUUCUCACAGGCAGUGGACAUGGCCUUAGAGAGACUCUAUUUUAUAACCUGUUCUCUCACGUGCAAGUUUAUAAAACAAGGGAAGACAUGGCGUUCUCCCUUCCUUGUAUAAGUGAUGGGGCCAUUUCUCUGGAUGGUGGGAUGAUAAAGGGUGCUGGUGUCUUUUCUCUAGGUAAUCGGAAUGAUGUGGAUGUAAGAUUCCCAAAAUCUUCUGUGACAUCAACCCUACCCGACAACUACACUGACACCAAGAAGCAUCUCAAGGAGAUGAAAUGGAAAAGGGAAACAAUGCUGGAGGAUAUAAAGAGAGAACAAGCACUAUUGGAUACUGCAAGGCAAAGUUUCGAGAGAAAGAAGGAAGAGUUUGUUAAAUUUCUGGCUCAAAGCUCAGCAUAUGCAACUCGGGUGCAGGCAGGAUUUACUCCAAGAUAACUUUUUAAUCUUCAACAGUUAAAACCUCAAUGGAGGAAAUGGGAUUCCCCUCAGCCUGAACAUGUUCUGGAGCUCGUGUUCAGAUUAAACAUUUUUCCUUCCCAAUUCUCGGGCGAAGAUUAUCUUGACUGGAUGACAGCUUGUGUAGUUUUCAAUUCACCAAGAGCAAUCGCUUCUGCAAAUUCUACCAUGCUGGAGCACAAGUGAUUGGAAGUCACUUCUGGAGCACAAGUGUGUAUAGUUCACAGUUGUCCAUAGGAUGCAGAUCUUUUGUACUAGGAAAAGGUGCAAUUAGCAUUAACCUUGUACUAGUAGCUUUCCGGUGGCUGUGUGUUUUAUUUCCUCCAGGUUGUAUGUAGAUGUACAUAAUGGUGCAGUUUAGGUCAUUUGCCAUCUAGAGCUGUAAUGUUUCUCGACCAACAAACUUUACAGUAAUGGAUGGAAAUGUUAUUGGCAAUUGUGAAAGCGUUGCUACUCUUCUCUCCAUGCUAGAACCUUUUAAAUUUCUCUCCAUUUUAGAGGGAAACUUUGGCA